AUGACAACAGAGAUUAGAAAUAUAAAGCUGGUGCAGAAGAUUGCGUCUGGGGCCUUUGGGGACAUAUUUAUCGGACAAAACACGACGACCAACCAGACGGUUGCCGUGAAGCUAGAGAAGAAGGCACAUUACAGCCAGCUGAAACAUGAAUAUGGGGUGUAUAAAGCACUUGGAGGCACUCGCACUCCAAAGAUUUAUGAGUACGGGAAGAUUUUGUAUGAGAAUGUAUAUGUCAAUGGACUAGUGAUGGAACUGAUGGGGAAGUCUUUAGAGCAGCUAUUUGUUACAUGCAACAGACGCUUUUCCCUCAAGACUGUGCUGAUGCUAGGGGAGAAGAUGGUUGAUAAUGUAGAGUAUCUGCACCACAGAAACUAUGUCCAUAGGGACAUUAAGCCCGACAAUUUUGUGUUUGAUCUCCGAGGAGACAAGUUGUAUCUAAUAGAUUAUGGACUGGCAAAAGAAUUCCGAAACCCGAUGACAUUCAAGCACAGGGAGAUGAGGACAGACAAAUCCUUAACUGGGACUGCAAGAUAUGCCUCUCUAAGAACCCACCAAGGAUACGAGCAGAGCAGAAGAGAUGACUUGGAGAGCAUUGGGUUUUGCAUGGUGUAUUUCCUGAAAGGAAGGCUUCCCUGGCAAGGGCUGAAGGCAAAGACAAAGCAAGAGAAGUAUGAUAGGAUACGAGAGAACAAGGAGGGGAUAUCUUUGUACGAGCUGUGCAUGGGACUUCCAAAGGAGAUCCAUUCAUUUUGUUUUUAUGCCCGGAACCUUGGGUAUGAGGACAUGCCGAAUUAUGCAUAUUUAAGAACAUUGCUCAACGAUGCACUUAGGCAAAGAGGCCUAAGGAACGAUGGGGUGUUUGAUUGGAUAGCAAGGACGCCCUCUGAUUCUUUAGGUGAUCUGGAGGUUCUGUGA